UUUCGCUUCCAGUCUUCUUCAGGGAAUAGUCGUUCUUCUUCUUCCUUUAUAUUUUUCUCUGUUUGGUGUUUUUUUUGGAGAUUUUUCGGAUCAAUUUUUCGCCGGAGCAAUGAAUUCUCCGGCAGAUUUCCAGUGAUUUCGUUUGGUGCCCCCGUCCGAUCGCGUAUUCUCCAUGGAUAUUUUCAAAGGUUUUGGCUCCUAUGGGUUCCUUUGGGUGAGGCUUGUGAGAAGGAAGAGUCUUUUGAGUUCUGCUGGAGAAGCUACUGUUUCCACGGUGGACUCUAAAAAGAUCUUCUUGGAUUUAUUGUAGUCAUUGCCCUUUCUCUAUUGCAGUAGUUGAAGUGGCUUUGCUAUUCAAAAAUUUCCAUGUGUGGGGAGGUGAAAGAUGGUUUCUCUAUUAUAAGAUACUUGUUAAAGAGGAUUUGAAGCAGCGGCAGCUGCCCAGGUCCGGUUAUGGAAACAAAUACCUCUGGAGAAGAAUUGGUAACUAAGACAAGAAAGCCGUAUACAAUAACGAAACAGCGGGAGAGAUGGACAGAGGAGGAGCAUGAUAGGUUCUUGGAAGCCUUGAGGCUUUAUGGAAGGGCUUGGCAGCGAAUUGAAGAGCAUAUCGGAACAAAGACUGCCGUCCAGAUCAGAAGCCAUGCGCAAAAGUUCUUUACGAAGCUAGAGAAAGAGGCUCAAGCCAAAGGCAUUCCCGUUUGUCAAGCUCUGGACAUAGAGAUUCCACCUCCACGGCCUAAAAGGAAACCCAUUACUCCUUAUCCUCGAAAACCAGGGAAUGGUACAUCGACAUCACAGGUUUCAUCAGCAAAGGAUGGAAAAAUUGCCUUAUCAGCCUCUUCUUCACAUUGUAAUCAGGCACUGGAUUUGGAAAAAGAGCCCCUCACUGAGCCCGAUGGAGUUGAGAAAAUAUCAAACGGCAAAGAAAAUCAGGAUGAUAACUGUUCAGGGGUUUCCACCCGCCCCCCUGAAGCUCAUUGUUCUUCCAUCUCCUCAGUAAACAAAUACCCUUUGGCAAAUAAAAUGGCUCCGAAGGAUCCUAACACCUUCAGGGAGUCUGAACCAUCACUGAGAAAGGCAGCUGCAGAUAAUGGAACUAGUAAGACUUCAAAUGCGGAUAAUUCUUGCUACUCACAAGAUAAUGCUGCUAAAGACUUGCCCCACGUGAACCUAGGCAGAGAGGAUAAUGAUGUUAAUGGAUUACCCCUCGCUGACAAUAUGUAUGACAUUCAGAACUACCCUUGGCGUUUUCCAGUGCAUGUUCAGAAUGGAGGUAUUGGAACGUGCCCUCAAGAGUUCAUGUUUCGUCCUAAUGGAGAAUUUCAUGGACACUCUGGCUUGUUUACAGUUCCAGCUACAUCUGCUUCUUCGCAACAUCAAGAUAACAUGCAUAGAUCUUCUCAUCAAGCGUUUUCAGCUUUUGUACCUGCAUGCCAUACCCAGGAUGAUUACCGUUCAUUUAUCCAGAUCUCAUCCACAUUGUCCAAUCUUAUUGUGUCAGCUCUCCUUCAGAAUCCUGCAGCCCAUGCUGCAGCGACUUACGCUGCAUCAUUUUGGCCAUAUGCAAACGUCGGAAGUUCUAAUGAUUCAUCUACAUCUACCAUCCAGACAGAUGGAGCAUUUCCCCUGAGUCAAAUGAGCUCUCCUCCAAACAUGGCUGUGAUCGCUGCUGCUACAGUUGCUGCAGCAACUGCUUGGUGGGCUGCCCAUGGGCUUCUGCCCAUAUGUGCUCCAUUUGCGUGCUCACCCAUGUCUGCUACCACUGAUCCACCUCCAUCUUCUGCCCAAACUGCAAUGCCCGAGACAGAUAAGAAAGAGGCGGCUACUGAAAAUACUCAGGAACCAGCAAUGGAACCGAGCGAUGCUCUAGAAGUUCAGAAUUUGGCAUCAAAGUCGCCAGCUUCAUCAUCUGAUGACUCGGAAGAGAUUGGAAGAAACAAGAAAGAAGCAGGGUCAAAAGCUGAUGAUCAUAAGGAGGAGGCUGUUGCAGCGGUACAGGAACAAGUGGUUAAUUCAAACACGACCCAGAAAAAAAAGAUGGUUGAUCCCUCAUCAUGUGGUUCAAAUACACCUUCAGGAAGUGAUGUAGAAACAGAUGCCUUGGAGAAAGCAGAGAAAGAUAAAGAGGAGGAUGUGAAGGAGACAGAAGGGAAUGAGCCAGCUACUGAAUCAAGUAACCGUCGAGCUAGAAGCAAAGACAACUCAAGUGAUUCCUGGAAGGAGGUGUCUGAAGAGGGUCGAAUGGCGUUUGAAGCUCUAUUUGCAAGGGGGAGACUGCCACAAAGCUUUUCACCUCCUAUAGACGUGGAAAAGCUAAAGGAAAGCUCAGAGAAAGAAAAGAUAAAUCUGGAUGGAAAAGAAAGAGAAAUGUGGGUUCAAAUGGAUCAUAAGAGCAAGACUCAAGAAUCAAUUUGCAAGGGCAAAGACGAAAAGAGCAUAGCAGCAGCAAAGGAUGAGAAAGAAGUAGUGAUUGGAAAUGGGAAAAGCAUUAUAAAGACAAGAAGAACAGGGUUCAAGCCAUACAAAAGAUGUUCAAUGGAGGCAAAGGAAAGCAGGGUUGCGAACAUUAGCAGCAGCCAGGCUGAGGAGAAUGCCUCCAAGAGGUUACGCUUGGAAGGAGAAGCUUCCACUUAACCAUGCUGAGUCGUUUUUGGCCUGGCAGGUACAAUCAAUCCCAUAUUAGUUUUUUUUUUAAUUUAUCCCAUUUUACCAUAAAGUCGUCGUCAUCGUCAUCAUUAGAACUUUUUCAGUUUCACGAAAGACUUUGCAUCGUUAAUUAGAUCAAUGGUCAGACAUUUCUAUGGAGAUUGAGUCAUUUGUGUAUCAUAUUUGAUGUCUUAUGUAUUGUCUGUCUCUCUUUUCUAUCUGACUUGCUACACUUGCCUCUUGUAUGUCUUCUCCAACUCAUUACCUGUGCUACUUUCUUUUGAUUAACCAUUCAAAGGAUGGAUAAGCCCCUCUCUCU